GGGCCGAGGUGCUGCCGUAGUACCCGACACGCCACAGUCGUCGGCAGGAGGGCAACUCGAGAAGCGAACGAAAAGCCUCAAUCCGUGAUGGAUAAUACCCUGAAAGAGCAAUGAGUGCUUGACCAUUCAUUAUCGUUCGGGCUAAAUAAUUGCCCCUAGUCCUAGUGCCUCGAAAAAGUGGUGAUUGUCGAUAGUAACAAUCGUGUGUGUGGGUGUAGUUUUUCGACAGUUAUUUGUGGUGUUUUGGGGGCCGUGAAAUGCGCGUCCUCGGGGUGCAGGCGGUGGCUGAAAAGUGGCGAGAACACAAGUGAAAUAAAAACCUGCGGAUUUUCCGCUAUUUUAUUUUUUUCUCUUCUUUUUCCUCAUUUACUUUUGGAUUUUGUGAUUGGGCAGAGGGACGGGGGGGAGAGGUACGUAAUUGGCAGUGUCACCGCUCCAAUCCUUCAAUUCUGUUUGUCACGGCUGCGUAUGGAACCGAGGCGUACACGUACUGCAGACGUUGAUGAUAAAAAAAAAAUUCCCCUGUUUAAUGAAGCAUUAGCCAGUGUAUCAAUAUACAUUUGGCAUACACAUCCGUCUCUCUCUGAUUAACGAGUGGAGAGAGGGGGGUACAGAGGCUAUUGGUGAGGCAAGAUGGCUGGGAAUUGUUGAGAGGUACCAGGCGGAAAGCGGGGCCGGACGUUUAGUUGGUGGAUAAAGAGAAAAAAAAAGAGAAAAGGAGGAAAAAAUAACGAGAAAAGAGGCCACGUCGGAUCAAGCGAGGAAUUGAAAUCACAGUUGCCCGAUACUUCACGGAACAGGAGAAAUAAGAACAUGACGCAAAUAUAUCGCCUGUAACUGAAUACUCUGGGGACGAGGAGGAGGAAAAGUUUUCAUCUUGGAAAUAAUUUUUUGGGCUGAAAUAAACGACGAGACACUGGUCGAGGAGUGAAAGGGAAUGUGUGACAUGUUUAUCCAAACUCAGCAAACGAGCAGCGUCAACAGCAGCAGCAGCAGUAGCAGCAGCAGCAGUAGUAACAAUACCGCUCAUCAUCACAGUAAAAAACGUAAAUUGGAUUAUAAUGUUUGUCAACCAGUGAUCCAACACUCAUUGGUACAAUCGAGCGGCGAUUACCAAUUGGAUAAUACUGGACUACAGCGUUACUCUGUGACUGGUACUAACGCCGGAUUCGGCACGCUGCAGAAUAAUGCGCUGCAGAAGAGUCCGAAUCAGCAGACCCUGGUGCGUGCAUCCACUAUCAAACUUUUAGACACGUAUCAACGGUGCGGACAGAAGAGAAAAACUUGGUCGAGGGAAGGUAAUGAGGCCUUGGCAGUGCAACCAUCAAAUUUGACAAACGGUGUUGGCAGUACAGUGGUACCACCGAUUCAUUCUCAACAUCAGCAACAGCAACAGCCACAAUUUCACCAGCAGACACAACAGCCACCUCAACAGCAACAGCAACAACACAAACAGACAAAUAUGACGUCACACAGCAAACAAGUUGCUAAUACGGGCAAUGGUGGUAAUAAUCCCCAAGGUGAUGGAGAUUAUCAACUGGUACAGCACGAGGUCCUGUACUCUAUGACCAAUCAGUACGAAGUCCUUGAGUUUCUUGGGAGAGGGACUUUUGGACAAGUUGUCAAAUGUUGGAAGAAAGGAACCAACGAAAUUGUCGCCAUCAAAAUUCUGAAGAAUCAUCCUUCGUAUGCGCGCCAAGGUCAAAUUGAGGUCUCCAUCCUGUCACGACUGAGCCAGGAAAAUGCGGAUGAGUUCAACUUUGUGCGCGCUUACGAGUGCUUCCAGCACAAAUCCCAUACCUGUUUGGUCUUUGAGAUGCUGGAGCAGAACCUCUAUGACUUUCUUAAACAGAAUAAAUUUUCACCCCUGCCACUUAAGUACAUUAGACCCAUUCUUCAACAAGUACUUACGGCGCUUCUCAAGCUGAAGCAACUGGGACUGAUUCACGCGGACUUAAAGCCCGAGAACAUAAUGCUAGUGGAUCCAGUGCGUCAGCCCUAUCGAGUCAAAGUCAUUGACUUCGGUUCUGCAUCGCACGUAUCAAAAGCUGUAUGCAAUACUUAUCUCCAGUCACGAUACUAUCGUGCACCGGAAAUCAUCUUAGGUCUGCCAUUCUGUGAAGCUAUAGACAUGUGGUCCCUUGGUUGUGUUGUUGCUGAACUAUUUCUCGGCUGGCCCCUCUAUCCUGGUAGCUCCGAAUAUGAUCAGAUACGCUACAUAAGCCAAACACAGGGACUACCGACUGAACACAUGCUCAAUAAUGCCAGUAAAACGACCAAAUUUUUUUAUCGUGAUAUGGACAGUACGUAUCCGUUUUGGCGAUUAAAAACACCUGAGGAGCAUGAGGCGGAAACUGGAAUAAAGUCCAAGGAAGCUAGAAAAUAUAUUUUCAAUUGUCUGGAUGACAUUGGACAGGUUAAUGUACCAACUGAUUUAGAAGGGGGACAGCUGCUUGCUGAGAAAGCUGACAGACGGGAAUUCAUUGAUCUUCUCAAAAGGAUGCUCACGAUGGACCAGGUAGAGCGUCGUAUAACCCCUGGAGAAGCCCUGAACCAUGCAUUUGUGACUCUGGCCCACCUCGUGGAUUAUGCCCACUGUAACAACGUUAAGGCAUCAGUCCAAAUGAUGGAGGUUUGCCGGCGAGCUGGUGAUUUCACAGCGAGUCCAACGCAUCAUCAGGCGCCCCCAGCGCCUCAGCCACCACCUCCAACCUCUCUCGUCGCUAAUUUCGUUCCCACGACAAAUGGUAGCGCAGUUACGUUGACAUUCAACAACCAAGUCCAGAGACUAGUCAGAGAGCAUCGAACAGCCCAAACUGGAUAUGGUGAUUUGUACCAGAUAUACAGUAAUAGUACAAGAAGGGCGACACAGUACAGUAGUUCGUCUGGUGGUUCCAAUGGUGGCAGAAGUGGUGUUCACGAUUUUCCCCAUCAACUUGUACCAGGAAUACUAUGUCCACCACCUGGUUAUCAGACUAUGCCCAGUCCAGCUAAACAUGUUGUUGUGGCACAACCACCUCCAGCACAGCAGGCACCAUUGCAAAUUCAACCAUCGAUUAUUUCUCAGCAGGCAGUGGCUGCAGCAGCUGCUGCUGCACAACAACAGUACGCUGCUGUGCCAGUAUCCAUGGUGGAGACUGGAAGACAAAUGUUACUCACCAACGCCGUGCAAACAUCGUGGCCUGGAGGCAGCCGACAAAUGGCAGCCAUCGUUCCCAGUUGGCAACAAUUGCCUCCCCAACAUGCUGCUAUUCAACAGCCAUUACUGAGCGAUGCUGGAGAUUGGGGGAGACCUCUCAUUGUGGACAGCUCAGCUAUUAUACAGGAUCAGCGUCCCGUGUUCCCCGUAACUGAAGUAUACAACACGAGUGCAUUGGUGGAGCAUCCCCCUCAGAGCUGGGGCAAACGAAGUGUCACGAAACAUCACCAGCAUCAUCUAACAGUGCCCCAACAAUCACAACACCGGCAUGAUCACAAAAAAGAAACGCAACAGCUGAGUCCAGUGAAAAAACGAGUGAAGGAGAGCACUCCACCGAGCAGCAUGCGGCGACAUUCACCAUCGAAUGGCCACUGGCAGCAGCAGUCGGUCCAAUCGUCGCAUCAUCACAGUGGAAAACAUGCUAGUAAUCAUAAUGCUGAACAUCAGCAGGUGGCGGCUGUACGACAGCAGACAAUCACUAUUCAUGACACACCUUCUCCAGCCGUAUCGGUUAUCACUAUCAGUGAUAGCGAGGAUGAAACACCUGGGAAGUGUUGCGGAGACCGUCAGUGUGGAGCUUGCCAAGGGUUAGCAUGCCACCUGUCUGGCGAACGACGUCCCGUCCGCGAGGAAGUCAUUCGAAGCACGCAAUCGACGCCUCGAAUCAUCCAAAAUUCUCAGUCAGUGCAUUCAACGACUCAACCUCAUGCUCACAGUCAGAACUCACAUGGGAGUACAAGGGCACACAGGAAAAAUGUGAUAAGCUGCGUAACUGUUGGUGAUAGCGAUGGAGAAGCUAGUCCUGGAAGGGCGCACACGCAGUUAUACCCUCCGUCGCAUUUGUCGCAGCAUCAACAACAUCAGCAAACUACGCAGCAUAUCAAACAUGAACCACAGCCCCAACACCACGUGAGCUCCGGUUAUUCACAAUCGCAGAAAAAGCGGCUACUGGCUAAAGUUCAAUCAGAGUGCAACAUGAUAAAUGUAGCGACGAAACCGGAGCCGGGAGUUGAAUAUUUAGCUCCACAUCCGUGCCACGCGCCAGCCUGCAAGGAGCCACCGACCUAUCAGGCUGACGUCUAUGACAUGCAUGACUACUUAUUGCAGUAUGUGACCACGAGUACCGCGCAUCCGCAUCUUCAGGAGCAGCAUAUUGUUUACACAACUGGUGCUGAAAAACGUGUAUCAUGGCCGGGUAAACGAGCUGAGUACAAGCACGAGUACGUCCAACCACCGGCUGCCCACUCUAGAGAUCAUCAGAAGUGGGCUGUUGCAAAUCCAGUGCAUCAGUACAGGCAAAGCCAGGUGGUGGGUUCAGCAUCACAUCCGAGUCAUGGCCACAGCCACCACGGGCAUCCAGCCCAUCUGAGUCCCGGGGGUGGUGGUGGUGGCGGUGGUAGUGGACGCAGUCCAGCUGCUGGACCUAUUGUAGGGGGCAGCCAACAUCUUGGCCAGCCUCUUUAUCAGGAGUAUGCUCACGUGCGGGCACGUGGACAUCCUGUACCACCACCGGUUUACGUAACUGCUGCACCAUCUCAAGCUCCCACAGCGAUACAGCAACAGCAAGUGCCCACCUACCAGGGAUUCACACCCGGGUGGGUACCUAGACAACUAGUUGAUGCAUGCAUCUCGUCACCACUAACGUUGUAUGAUUCUAGUCGUGCACUUCCACCACCAGCGCAUCAUAGCUCAGCAAGACCAUUGUUGGCAAGUCAUGCGGCGCAUCCCUUGCCCGCACACAUGCAGCCCACAGCUGUUUACGGUUUGGCACCCCUAUCGCCAGCUAAACAUCAAUAUCAACCGUCCGGCCUGUGGUUCACCGAGUAAUUCGGUUAAACCGAUUCCGACGAACCCUCUCCCCCAAGUGAAUCGCCAUGAUGACACAAUGACGACUAGAUUCGCCAAUCGACAUGCAUCAAAUCACCACGUGAUGCAGUAAACAAUGAAUUAUUUGUUAAACAUUUAACGUAAAUGCAUAUGUUGAUUCAUGAGGAUCAGUGUUAAUUAUAUUUCAAUCUAUAAAUGAAAUUUUUUGGUUUGUGGGGCAGUUUUAGGUCGUAAUCACAGUAAGAUUAUUUUAAUUGGUUCAACACAUCACAAUUUCUAUUCGUAAUCCGUCCGAUAAUGAUGAAUUUAAUUUCAUUUUACCAUAUUCGAUGGUUUUACGUGCGUGAAAAAAGAACUGGUAAGAUUUAUUUGACCAUGAAGGUGAAUUAUCCAGUGUUUAAACAGAUAAAAUCAUGAGUAAUCGAAUGUGGACAUAAUUUAUGAGAGAUAAGCCUACGGUUUAUGAAAUCAAUCAGUUCUCUUAGAAAAAACGAAUGGAGGUUCAAUCACUCGAUAAAUAUCGAACACUGGAAAAUUCCCAAACACAUGAAAACAUUAGAAAAUGAGCAUUUCAAUACCUCCGAUCAAAUUGUGCAUUUUCAAAAGCAAAGAGAUGCACAAUAAAUUAAUCGAAGUGACAACCUCGGUUGAGUACCUAUAUAUUUAAUCGGAUUGGACGUAUUUUUUAAUGUUCUCGGGCCAUUAGUGAGGCCUCAAUAUUUUAAUCAAAACGUCAACGAAUUAAAAAAGGUUUAAAGGAAUGACCACAUGACGGGAUUGCGUGGAGACUAAUCAUUUGCACGUCGCAUUUUUCUUUUUACAAAGGCAUUAUUAAGGAUAUGCAAUAGUUAUCGAGCCAGAUGUUGAUGAUUUAAUUUAGCGAAAUUUGCGAACUAGUAAGUGUAUUUCCACUACGAGUGAGUUCAUGUCGGUGGAACCAUGAGAAGUUGCAAGUUCCUGAUUGUGGAACAAUACGAAUGAAAGAGUCAAUUGUAAUUUACGAAACAGCAACUAGAGGGGAAUUUUUCAUAGGGCCAUUGUGAUUUUAAUGAAAUUUUGGGCCAACUCAACAGAACGACUGUGUUGUACAUUAUAAUCAUCAUUGGGAUAUUUGUGUUUUGAUAUUUUGAAGAAAUAUCAGUAGAAAAAUGCUUGAUAAUGGUUUUUGUUCGCCAAAAAAAUCGAUAAUGAAGUUGAAAAAAAUUGCGCUUGGGGUAGUCUUAAUUGGUAAUUUUUAUAUUUUGUUUCUUCGGCAUAUGGUUGAACGCAUAUAAUGUAUAAAAUAGAUUUUUUAAUUAUUAUUUUGUAAUUGUAUAUAUCUGGCUAGGUUUUAGGGCUGAAUUACGUGUUUAUAGUUAUAUUGUGCGAUUAACCAGAAUGUUAUUGGGAAAUUAAUCAAGUUAAAAAAUCUGAGAAUGAUGGGAAAUUAUGAAUUCUCGUAAGAAAUAAGUUCAAUGAUUUAUUUGUUCACUAUAGUGAAUUAUUAAUUGUGUAAUGCGUGGAUGCUAAGUAGGGAUAGUUCAGAUGAUUUUUAUUUUAAUGUACGUAUCACUGUACAUUGCGAUAGUAAUGUCAACAAUCGAACGAGUGAGGUUUAUUCUGACUGCCCAAUGAAAUUUUGGAAAGAAUUAACACGCAAUCGAUCCCGCUCGGUUUCAAUGUGUAAAUAAUAAUUGUGAAAUAUCCAAAUAUGUACAUAGAAGAAUGCCUUUUGAAAAUUAA